AUGUUGGCCGCCUUUAAUACUAACAUUGACCGUGCUGAAAGCGCGUUUCAUGGCCACAGACACUCUGGGUCAAUCCAGGCUACCGUGGGCGCGAAACCAAAUCCCCCAACGGCUCGACAUCGCAGAGGGUUGAGUCUUGAUCAGGGGAUCGCAAGGAACCGCCUUAAAUUUCCAUCCGAUAGAUACGAAAGUCUUGAACCUUUGCAAUGGCAAGCAUUUCCACGAAAUCUUGCGGAGGAAACAUUGCUGGACCGUCCAAACACGCCCGUAACCCAGAUCGACCCGGACUCCCUUCCAUUGACGCCAGCGACUACCCCAAGUUGGAAACCAAUACAUAUACCACGCGCCUGUAAGACGGCUCAGUCCUCGCCGGUCAAACAGCAUGCCGCCAUCACUCGUAACUUCGCGGUCAUGGAACGGGCAAGAUCUUCGCAAGGGGUAUCAGGUAGCUUGCUGCCGCGAGAAACCCUUGCUCCUCUUCCCAACACCAAUUCCCAUCAGCCAUUGGAAGCAUUUGACCUGCAAAUGCCGAAAAUGAGCGAUGAUGUCUUCUCAGAGUUCACUUUUCACCCGCAAGAGAACUUUGAGACGACAUCGAUGUCUUCACCAAUUUCACCAAGCAUGCCAUCUUUUUUAUCGUUGUCUGGUGUUCUCAACGAGCGAGACGUUAGCAGCACCACCAGCAUACUUAAUAAACCAGCCAAAUUACCGAUAGCACCAGCAACUCCCCUCCGUCCUGCUUCGCAACGUGGCGCAAUCUCGAGCCGCUCCUCCUCCCCUUCGAAGACUCUACUUUCGCCUCGUGCUCUCUCAAUUGCGGACCUCAACCUUGACGCCAGUAUAGACGCCUCGAUUGAAGAAACAGGCAUUACCUUGGAUGAUAUUGCGGCGUACAUCGACGGGCCUGAUCUCACGGAUAACAAAUGGAUAUGCAAAUACGAAGGCUGCAACAAACGGUUCGGGAGAAAGGAAAAUAUCAAAUCACACGUUCAAACGCACCUUGGAGAUAGGCAGUUCAAGUGCAACCAUUGCAACAAGUGUUUUGUCCGUGGUCAUGACCUCAAACGCCAUUCAAAGAUCCACACCGGGGUCAAGCCUUAUCCCUGCGAGUGUGGGGAAUAG